CUUCGUAAUAUCCAGCGCAGCCUCUCUCUCUCUCUCUCUCUCUCUUCUUCUUCUUCUUCUUCUUCUCUCUCUAUUUCCGAACCGCCGCCGUCUCCGAUCGCCGGACCCCCGCCGCGAAGGGAGUUGUUGAUCGAAGCUUUGUACGAGGCUAUUUGAUUUUUUAACAGUAGAUUUUGAUUUCAGGUCUGUGGACAUCUCUGACUCCACUCUUAGUGUGUUGCUCUGUAUAGUUCAAGUAAAAGGUUCCUUUUACAAUCAUGGCUUCAAGAUCUUGCACAAACCUUUUAGAAUUGGCAUCUGGGAUAUUGGAUAUUCCUUGUACUCCAAGUCCAAGGACCCUUCCACGGGUGAUGACUUUUCCUGGUAUUAUCUCUGAUGUGGACAGUAACAGCAAUGAUGAUGGGGAUUCAGAUGCCUCUUCAUCUGUUUGCCGCGAGCGGAAAAUUAUAGUGGCGAAUAUGUUACCGUUAAAUGCUAAAAGGGAUCCAGAAACAAACAAAUGGUGCUUCCGUUUGGAUCAGGAUUCAAUUUUGUUACAGUUGAAGGACGGAUUUUCAUCUGAAACUGAGGUUGUUUAUGUGGGGUCUCUCAAGGCUGAAAUAGAUGCUAGUGAACAAGAUGAGGUUGCACAGAAACUGCUGGAGGAAUUUAAUUGUGUGCCAACAUUUCUGCCCAGUGAUCUCCAGAAGAAGUAUUAUUUGGGUUUCUGUAAACGACAACUAUGGCCGCUUUUUCAUUAUAUGUUGCCCAUGUGCCCCGACCAUGGUGACCGCUUUGACCGCUCAUUGUGGCAGGCCUAUGUAUCGGCAAACAAAAUAUAUGCAGACAAGGUGAUGGAAGUCAUUAACCCUGAGGAUGAUUGUGUUUGGGUUCACGAUUAUCAUUUGAUGGUUCUCCCAACAUUUUUGAGGAAGCGAUACUACCGUGUAAAGCUUGGGUUUUUUCUUCACAGCCCAUUCCCAUCAUCAGAAAUUUAUCGUACUUUGACAGUUAGAGAUGAAAUAUUGAGGGGUUUGCUGAAUUGCGACCUUAUUGGUUUUCAUACAUUUGAUUAUGCACGUCACUUCCUCUCCUGCUGCAGUAGAAUGCUUGGCCUGGACUAUGAAUCAAAGCGAGGGCACAUUGGGCUUGAUUAUUAUGGCCGCACAGUUUACAUUAAAAUUCUGCCUGUAGGAGUUCAUAUGGGCCGGCUUGAAUCUGCAUUGAAUCUUUCCUCCACGACCACCAAAAUCCAAGAGAUUCAAGAACAGUUCAGGGGAAAAAAAGUGAUCCUUGGCAUCGAUGACAUGGACAUAUUUAAAGGCAUCAGUCUAAAACUUCUAGCUGUUGAACAACUCCUUCAGCAGAAUCCUGAGUUGCAGGGCAAUAUAGUCCUGGUCCAAAUUGUGAAUCCUGCGAGGGGAUUUGGGAAAGAUGUCCAGGAAGCUAAGAAUGAGACGUACUUAACUGCCAAAAGGAUCAAUGAGGUUUAUGGUUCUGCUAAUUAUGAGCCAGUGAUUCUGAUUGAUCGUCCUGUUUCUCAUCAUGAGAAAUCAGCCUAUUAUGCUGUGGCUGAAUGUUGUAUAGUGAAUGCCGUAAGGGAUGGAAUGAACUUAGUUCCUUACAAGUAUAUCGUUUGCAGGCAGGGAACUCCACAUAUGAAUGAAACUUUAGGCGUAACAGAAGAUUCUCCUCGGACGAGUAUGCUCGUUGUGUCUGAAUUUAUUGGUUGCUCACCUUCUUUAAGUGGAGCAAUCAGGGUUAACCCUUGGGAUAUCGAUGCUGUGGCUGAUGCAUUGAACUUGGCUAUCACCAUGUCUAACUCCGAGAAGCAAUUACGCCAUGAGAAGCACUAUCGUUAUGUCAGUUCUCAUGAUGUGGCAUACUGGGCACGAAGCUUUUCACAGGAUUUGGAUAGAGCAUGUCAAGAGCAUUACAGUAAAAGGUGCUGGGGAAUUGGUUUGGGCUUGAGGUUCAGAGUGGUUUCCCUUUCUCCACAUUUCAGGAAGCUGUCUGUAGACCAUAUUGUCUCGGCUUAUAAAAGAACAAGUAGGAGGGCAAUAUUCUUGGAUUAUGAUGGAACUGUCAUUCCCCAAACUUCAAUUAUCAAGUCCCCAAGCCCAGAAGUCCUUUCUAUGAUGAAUUCCCUGUGCAAAGAUCCAAAAAACACUGUUUUUAUUGUUAGUGGGAGGAGUCGGACUUCUCUGGGCGAUUGGUUUGCCUCGUGUGAACAGUUGGGGAUUGCUGCCGAGCAUGGCUACUUCUUAAGGUGGAAUAGUACUUCUGAGUGGGAAACCAGUCUAGUCUCAGCUGACCUUGAUUGGAAAGAGAUCGUGGAGCCUGUGAUGAGAUUGUAUACUGAGGCAACAGAUGGCUCCAACAUAGAAAGUAAAGAGAGUGCCAUAGUAUGGCAUCAUCAAGACGCAGACCCUGACUUUGGAUCAUGUCAGGCCAAGGAGUUGUUGGAUCAUCUGGAGAAUGUGCUUGCUAAUGAACCAGCUCUAGUCAAGAGAGGCCAGCAUAUCGUGGAGGUUAAGCCGCAGGGAGUAAGCAAGGGAUUGGUUGCUGAGAAGGUUCUUCUGAAAAUGGUCAAUGAUGGUGAGCCACCAGAUUUUGUGAUGUGCAUUGGAGAUGACAGAUCUGAUGAAGACAUGUUUGAAAGCAUAUUAAGCACAGUUGCCAGUCCUUUAUUGCCUUCACGUCCAGAAAUAUUUGCUUGCACAGUUGGAAGAAAGCCAAGCAAGGCCAAGUACUAUCUCGAUGACGCAGUAGAUGUUCUGAAAUUACUUCAGGGCCUUGCUACGGCUUCAAACCCGAAGCCUAGACAUCUACCCCAUCUCCAGGUUUCUUUUGAGAGCGCCUUUGAUUCUGUUUUGUGAUAUCCAAAAUGAAGUUGUGGGGGGGAUUCCUGCCGUGUGUUUGGUUUCAUUACAGCCUCUGAAUGGUACUCUCGGCGAGAAAGCAAAUUUUCAGGUAUUGGCGGGAGCAUGGAGCACUUGACCAUUGUUGAUUUGUACAUGGUGACAUCAAUAUGUAUUUACCGGUUCCUCCUGGUAAUUGUAACCAGAUUUUCAAAUGUCCAAAUCGCACUCUUGGAGGUACCAUUUAACCUGUAUAGAUACAAUGUUCUGGUCUCAGACUCACAAGUAGGUAAUUGUGAGUUGCAUCGUUAAUGAUAUAAAUAUAUUCCCACAA